AUGGCAAAGCUAGUUGCAUUUCUUCUUUUCGUCAUUUAUUGUGGUGCAAUGCAGGCUGGUGGAGCGGGAAGAGUUAUGGCAAUUGUUAUGCAUGGUGAAGCUGACAAGUUAUGGGACAAUGACCAAUUAAUAGAGACAAUGCAAUUAGAAUCAACAGUGACAAAUUGUGGCAC